CAUGCAUUGCAAAUCUGUUUUCUGCGUUUUGACGCUUCGUCACUGGAUGUUUUGAAAAUAUAACACUGGAUUGAGAAUACCAGCAACAUUUGCGUUUUAACCGAUAUUAAUCGGUGUCAAUCAGUCAGCGGGAUUUGUGGGAAGGCAGAGCGAUCUGUCUGAAGUGGAGCUGCGUGAGUGGGAGUUAAUCGAGGUGCGCGGAUCGGUGGCGCUCGUGGACCUGCCCAUCGAUCGCAUCCUGUCGGCCUUCCUGCCGCGAUCCCUUUCCUCCUCGGGCCCCCCGCCCAGCAGAAAAAUGCUGACCAAAUUCGAGUCCAAAUCGGCGCGCGUCAAAGGCUUGGCCUUCCAUCCGAAACGGCCGUGGAUCCUGUCCAGCCUGCACACGGGAUCCAUCCAGCUGUGGGACUACCGUCUCACCACGCUCAUCGACAAAUUCGACGAGCACGAGGGCCCCGUCCGCGGCAUCCACUUCCACCAUCAGCAACCGCUCUUCGUGUCCGGCGGCGAUGACUACAAGAUCAAGGUGUGGAAUUACAAACUGCGGCGCUGCAUGUUCACGCUGCUGGGCCAUCUGGACUACAUCCGCACCACUUUCUUCCACCACGAAUACCCUUGGAUUGUCAGCUGCAGCGACGAUCAGACGGUCCGCAUCUGGAACUGGCAGUCACGCCACUGCAUCAGCAUUCUCACAGGGCACAACCACUACGUGAUGUGCGCACAGUUUCACCCCGCGGAAGAUCUUGUCAUCUCGGCGUCGUUGGACCAGACGAUCCGUGUGUGGGAUAUUUCCGGUUUGCGCAAGAAGAACGUGGCGCCCGGCCCCGGUGGUAUGGACAGUGUGCGAACACCGGGUCAGACGGAGCUAUUCGGGCAAUCCGACGCGGUGGUCAAAUUCGUCUUGGAGGGACACGAUCGCGGUGUCAACUGGGCUACCUUCCAUCCCACCAUGAAGCUCAUUGUCUCUGGCUCCGACGACCGCCAGGUGAAGGUCUGGCGUUACAGCCAGGAGAAGGCCUGGGAGAUCGAUUCCUGCCGCGGUCACUACAACAACGUCUCCUGUGUGACCUUCGCUAACAACCAGGAGCUGAUCCUUAGUAAUUCGGAGGACAAGAGUAUUCGCGUGUGGGAGAUGUCCAAGCGGCAGUGCCUGUACACUUUCCGCCGUGAACAUGACCGCUACUGGGUCAUCGCCGCGCAUCCCUCUUUGAACCUGUAUGCCGCUGGCCACGACAACGGCACCGUCGUUUUCAAGCUGGAACGAGAACGGCCGGCUUUCUCCGUAAGCAACAACUUGCUCUACUACGUCAAGGAGCAAUACGUGCGCUGUCUGGAUUUCAACACGGCAAAAGAUGUGGCCGUGCUGCAGUAUCGCAGCAGCGGCCGUACGCCCGUCUUCUCCGCAGCCUACAAUCCCGCCGAAAACGCCAUUCUGCUGGUUACCCGCGGGACGGACAACGGCAUGUACGAGAUCUACAAUUUGCCUAAGGACGCCGGGCAGCGAGAGCCGGAUAUGUCGGAUGGAAAGCGCUCGGGUGGGAUGGCGGCUGUUUGGGUUGCCCGUAAUCGUUUCGCUGUCCUGGAUCGUUCUAAACAGAUUUUAGUGAAAAACUUGAAGAACGAAGAGGCGGGGAAGAAGAUUCAGUUGUCGGGAUGUGAUGAGAUAUUUUACGCGGGCACCGGCGUGCUGCUGUAUAAGGACGGCGACCAGAUGAUUAUGUACGAUCUGCAGCAGAAAGGUCCCCUGGCACAGGCGCGCAUCCCUAAAGUGAAAUACGUUGUGUGGUCCACGGACAUGGCUUACGUGGCCAUGCUCAGCAAGCAUCAGGUGACGCUAUGCACGCGGUCACUGGAGAUUCUGACGACCAUCACGGAAACAGUAAACGUCAAGAGUGGCGCCUGGGACGAGAAUAAUGUUUUCAUCUACACCACCGGCAACCACAUCAAAUACGCUAUUCUCAACGGUGAUCACGGCAUCAUUCGCACGCUGGACUUUGUUAUCUACAUUACACGCAUAAAAGCCAACAACGUCUACUGCUUGGAUCGCGAUGCAUCACCCCGCGUCUUGACCAUCGAUCCCACAGAGUACCGAUUUAAGCUGGCGGUAUCGCAGCGCCGCUACGAUGAGGUGCUGCACAUGGUGAAGCAUUCAAAAUUAAUUGGUCAGUCCAUUAUUGCCUACCUGCAGCAAAAAGGUUACCCGGAGAUUGCUCUGCAUUUCGUCAAAGACGAUAAGACCCGCUUUACACUGGCUCUGGAAUGCGGCAACAUUGACGUGGCGCUGGAGGCCGCGCGUACCAUCGAUGAUAAGUUGUGCUGGGAACGGCUGGCGGAAGCCGCAUUGCUACAGGGCAAUCACCAAGUGGUGGAAAUGGCGUACCAACGCACCAAAAACUUCGACAAACUCUCCUUUUUGUAUCUGAUCACGGGCAACUUGGACAAACUGCGCAAAAUGAUGAAGAUCGCGGAGGUGCGCAAGGAUAGCAGCGGGCAGUUCCGUGAUGCGCUGCUGCUGGGCGAUGUGGGCGAGCAGGUGAAGAUUCUGGAGAACAGCGGCCAGCACAGCAUGGCCAUGUUGGCGGCGCAGACCUAUGGGUUUGAGGAGGCGGCGCAGCGCUUACGGCAGCAUUUCGACGAGGGGGAGAAUGUGCCGGAUAGUGUGGCGGAUGCGGUUGUGUUCCGGCCGGCGCCGCCUAUCCAGCGCUUGGAAGAGAACUGGCCGCUGCUAACGGUGUCUAAAAGCUUUUUCGAGGGGGCAGCCGCGGCGGCUAAGAUCCCUAAGAAUCUAGCGGCCAAUCUGGAAAUGGCCGGGGAUGAGGAAGCAACGGGAUGGGGCGAUGAAGAUCUGUUCGGCGAAGGCGAGGACGCCCAACCGAAAGCCGCAGGAAAAGGAGACGAUGACGAAGGCGGUGGCUGGGAUGUAGAUGAGGAGCUGGACAUACCCGUGGAUGUGGCCCCGGCGGCAGAGACGAAAGAUUCCAGUGGAUACUUUGUGCCGCCACCGCGCGGUCAUUCCCUGCCUCACAACUGGACCCUGCACUCCCAUCUGGCCAUUGAUCACGUCAUGGCCGGUUCCUUCGACAGCGCCUGCCGAUUGCUGCAUGACCAGAUUGGCGUGGUGGAUUUUGAACCGCUGCAAGAGACGAUGUUAUCGCUGUUCAAGCGUGGCCGGGCUGUCUUCCAGCCGCAGUCUGGUGUGCCGGCCCUCUUCGCGUAUCCGCUGCGCAACUGGCAGGGUGGCAAUCCGGCUACCUUUGCCCCGGUACUUGGCGUGCAGCUGGCUGAUCUGGGACGGCGAGUGCAGGUGUGCUAUCAGCUAACCACCGGCGGUAAGUUCGGGGAGGCGCUGGACGGGUUCCGCAAGAUUAUGUGGAGUAUUCCGUUUUUGGCCGUCAACACUCGCGACGAACAAAAGGAAGCAACGCAGCUCCUGGAUAUCUGUCGGGAGUACGCGCUGGGAUUAAGCAUCGAGUUGGCACGCAAAGAACUUGGCAAAGACAGUGUGGAAGAUCAGAAGCGGUCAUGCGAGAUGGCGGCGUACUUCGCCCACUGCAAGCUGCAGCCAGUGCACCAGAUGCUGACGCUGCGCAUGGCCAUGAGUUUAGCGUGGAAGCUGAGCUGCUUCAAGACGGCCGGGUCCUUCGCGCGGCGCCUGUUGGAACUGGGCCCCAAGCCGGAGGUGGGGACGCAGGCGCGGAAGAUUCUGCAGGCGGCGGACGCCAACCCCACCGAGGCGCUGCAGCUGGACUAUGACGAGCACAAUCCCUUCAGCAUCUGCGGCUACUCUUUCACGCCCAUCUACCGCGGCCGACCGGAAAUCAAGUCAGCCUUCUGCGGCGCCAGCUACCUGCCGCAGUACGGCGGGCGAGUCUGCAACAUCGAUCAGGUGUCGCAGAUCGGCAAGAGCGCUCAGGGGCUGCGCAUCACAUGGACGCCUCACGACAGCAAACGCUGAGACGGAAGUUCAUGCAAAUAUGGAUUUCCGUCCGGUUUCAUUUGGUGCAUAGGCUUAUCUCUUCUCUUUCUAGCCUAAAUUAAUACUGUUUCCGUACCCGUUGCUGGCUGUUUUCUUCUGGUAUGCAAUUAUAAUUGUUUUUGUCCGUGAAAAGUAAUUUAAAUGCGUCUUCUAUACGCUAAUGUUAUUUUUUAAAUAAAUUGAUUGGUUAG